AUGUCAUUACCCUCCAAAUAGGGGACAAAACUGCUAUAGACCAUCAACGUUCUUGUUUCUCCGUAUUCUUCCUUUUCCCUCUCUCUACCCUAACUCAGCCGACAUAUUUUGAAAAACCCUAUCCUACAAAUAUUCGGGUUCCUAAUUGACCCCUUAACCUGCUCCAUAGGCAGAAGAUUCUCAUCCUGUCUUGCCAGUCAAAUUUACUGCUUUUAGAAGCUUCAAAAUGUCAACUGGCCCUGGGCUUGAGUCUCUUGUAGAUCAGACAAUCUCGGUCAUUACAAAUGAUGGACGCAACAUAGUGGGAGUUUUAAAAGGCUUUGAUCAGGCCACAAAUAUCAUUCUCGAUGAAUCUCAUGAACGUGUGUACUCCACAAAGGAAGGUGUUCAGCAACUUGUGUUGGGUUUGUACAUAAUAAGAGGUGACAACAUUGUUGUUGGCGAACUGGAUGAAGAGCUUGAUUCUGCUCUUGACUUAUCAAACUUGAGAGCACAUCCUCUGAAGCCUGUUAUCCAUUGAUUGAACCACGAAAGUUGUAGAGUUGCAAAGAACAGCAUGUUGGAUUAAAUAGCUAAAGAAACAUUUCACAGAACAGAAAUAUGAUAUGAGAAACCCAAUGUGUAAUACAUUUUGGAUUUAUUUCUACGUUAUAUCUUAUUGGUAGCUGUUUUUCAUGCUUCUUUCCUUUGAUCAUGCUUUAUGUUCUGUAACAGAAAUAUAAUCUUUUCUGUUAACACAAGAUUAGCUGAAAACAAAUAAUGAAACCAGAAAACGGGAAAGCAAGCCUCUAUUCAAGUU